GGUAUAUAGCUGACUGCCUCGGGGCUCUUGCUUCCAAGUUUGCAGUGGGACGCUGGCCUGGAGGACCCCUUUCCUGCAGUUAUGGAGUGUCCUUCCUGCCAUCCUGUCUCUAAAAAUGAACCCCCCAAAUUCUGCAGCCAGUGCGGAGUCAGGCUUCCUGCGGUUCCCAAACCAGAUCCCCAGACUCACAGCACCGAGGUGGUACAGGCUCCGGAAGGGGAAAUGGAGUGUGGGGAGGAACUGAAGGAAGACGGCGGCCCAUCCUUGUCCCUGGAUUCAGAGACAGUCAAUCACUGCUCAAAAGCCUCCUCGACUGUCCAGAGGGGAGUUGCUUCAGAGGUUUUCGAUGAGUGGGAAGUUGGUGUUUAUCCUCCCAGCAAGAGAAGAAAUGUGGAUCCAAGCCCGUUUGAGGUCACCAGCACCUCUUCUGCAGACUCUCAGCAGAGGAAGAGGAAGAAAAACAAAAAGAAGAAGCAGCAGAGGCCAUUCACUUCCGAUGAGCUGGACUCUUUGCCCCUGACCCCCUCAGCCCCGAGUAGCCUGAGCUCUCUUGAACACCCCGGGUCCAUGGACCUGGCCCUGCAAAGAAACCAAGAUCAGCAGGAUGGUGUGAGCAGCCAGCCCCAGGCCGGAGGUGCUGAAGCCAGGUGUGAUCAGAAUAGUGUGAGGGGCCAGCCCCUGGCCAGCGGUGCUGAUGCCCGGUGUGACCAGGGCCCACCCAGCCCGGAGGUUAGGAGCCAGAAUGUGGGCCUUGGGAUGACACAGAUGGAGGGGGAUGGUCCCAUAGGGCUCCUCAGGGACUUGGCAAAGGCCAGCAUUCACCCUCUGCAGGGUCAGACUGGUGUAGGAGAAGCAGCCACCAGAGGAAAGUCCCAGAUGAGUGCUGAGUCCCAGGACCAGGACUCCUCCAGCCCCACUCAGGAGGGGGCUGGCCUCCCCAAAGCUGCCCCUGAAAGCCCUGUGGAUAAAGACACUGCCCAGACAUUCAGAUUGCCAGAGUCACAAGGGGACCAUGCAGAGCCCAGGGAAGGGGCCCAGACCACCACGGAGCAGACGGGAGCUCCAGCUUCUCAGGCCAGUGAUGCCCCAGCUGAGCCAGCCCAUGAUGUACAAAGGGCAGGGAAGGAUGGUGAGAAGAAGUCAAAGAAGGAGAAGCUGCCGCCAACAAGUGUUCCUGCUUCCAGAGAACAUGGCCAGGAAGCUGAGACCAAAGGAAAAAUGGCCCUUCCUGGUGGGAAAGCAGGUGAGAGCAAGAAAGCCCAGCCAGAAGACCAGAAGAAGCCAGAAGAGGAUGGCAGAACUUAUCCUGAGUCAGUGAAAAAUGCCAAGGGGCAGAGGACCCAGAGUGCGAGUGCACGUGACGUGGAGAGCACGCUGAGUCCUGGUGAAGGGAUCACGGUGUGCUUCCAUGCAAUCGUCUCUAAACAUUUCUCAUUCAACCCUAACCAACAUCGAGUGUUCAUCAGGGGAGGAGAAGAGUUUGGAAAGCCAAAAUGGAACCGGGUCGUCUGUGAGAUGAGCUAUACCAAAGACUUGGGUGAACACGGAUCCCUCAUUGAAGGCACGGCCUUCAUUUCCAAGCAGAACCUGGAUAAGCCCAUUCCUUACAAGUAUGUCAUUGCUUGCAACAAGGAGCAGUACGAGUUCAUCUACAAGCCUCAGCAGAAGGAAGGAGAGCAUGUCAACCGUUGUCUGCACAUCAGAUCUUCACUCCUGGACUCAGGAGAAUGGCAUCAGUAUGAUGAUAUAAUUUGCAUGAAGCCUCCGGGUACGUUUCAGAAGUUCCGAAAUUUAUUCAAAGAUGGUACGAGGGAAAACCUGGUGAAGGGGAAGCAGAUCGCGGCUGAAGUCAUGCUGGACAGCAUCUUCGGCAUCCUGCAGACCUGGAAUGCCAUCAGCUUAAAGGGAUUUUUCACCCAGUUUCUGCAGUUUUAUUCUGUUGUCCGUGAGCCGACAGUCUAUGAAGGGGGACCACAGCAGUGGAGCUCUUUUCUGCAGUAUGGAGAGAGAGAGGUGAAGCGUGACCUGUGGAAAUAUUUGAAAGGGAAAAUGGGUCUGUUCCAGCAAAGGAGCAGCAAGGAGCCUCUGCCUGAAGACUGGCCAGUGAGGAGUGGACUGAGAAUGGGCCUCAUCGUCCUGUUCGCAGUGGAAAAGUUUGCACUUCCUGUGUCAGAUGCCGACCUGUCCUCACUGUGCUACCUUCUCUGCGCGAGAGCCGACUCACCAGACACCCUUCGCAGAGACUUACAGCCUGCCUUUGAAAUGUAUUGGAGCUGGAAAUGGCCCUUGGUAAACCUGUGCCGACGUUGCAUGGACAGACACAAGGACUGCUGGGUUCUCACACUCCCAGUGCUGCACCAUUGCGUGGGGCCGGCCCCCCACGGGAAGGACAUCCCAUCCGAGAACACGUGGGCAGCCCUCGAAGGCCUCUCCUUCUCACAGUUUCGGGACAAAAGAUCAGACCAGAAUGAACUGCUUCAGCUCAUGGAAAGGAAUAAGCAUUUGCUGAAUGUGGACAGCUGUCUGUUCCGAUCCUGGUUCAGUUUGCUGCCUCUUCGUGACCUGGCUGACUACAUGGGGACCUUGGUUGAAUACCUGGUUGCUUCCCCUGCUCAUUUCCUGGACUGCUUCCUAGGGGUUUACUACCGGCUUCAAGGACCUUAUGAAAUCUUGCACAGAAAUCUGGAGCAUAUUGAGAAAGCUUUAAAAAUGCUGUUGCACCUCCUGGAAGCUAAUUUUAACAAGGUUCCUGAGGAGCCCUUGUUAAAGUCCUACUUGAAUGUCUGCUUGAAACUUCACAAAACUAUCUGCAAAAUCACAAAAAAAACAGAGUUUUAUGAGAUACCAGCCUUGUCUGCAGAGAUUGUUUGCAGAAUCAUUUCACUUGAGCCUGUGGUGCAGGACUCGGCAGAAACGCAUGGCAGUGAAAUCAGAAAGAAGGAUUCAGUAAAAAUGGUGUUCCAGGAAGCUCUCGAUGCUAUUAGAAGUUGGCUUCAACGUAUUUUCACAAAGAAAAUUUUCCAGAGCUCACCUGACUUGCGUAUCUUAUUCAGUUAUCCUGAGGAAGUUGAGACUUUUCCGUCACUCUUGACAGAACCAUUAGCCGGCAGAGUGGCUGCCAUGGAUGUGUGGGUUUUGCAGGUCUGGAGGCGGCUGGUGGAAAUACACUUUCCUGUGGAGCAUGGCUGGAAGGAGGCGUUGCUGGGAGACCUGGAAGGGAGACUCAAACAGGAGAGGCCGCUCUUGCAGAUCUCGGCCUACUGCGGCACUGGCUGGAACCCCUCAGGCCUGGACGACAGUGUGGCUAAGAGCUUUGAGAAGUGCGUCAUUGAAGCCGUGAGCUCAGCCUGCCAGAUUCAUGCCAGUAACGCCUGGUCUCAGAUCAGCAUCCUUGAUGGUCUCCCUUCUUAUGAUUUGCGGAAAUUUGGCAAAAUCGUGUCUGCUGUGAUCACCAAGUCCUGGCCAGUGAAUGACGGGCAAGCCGUGGAUGACAUUGAUGAGGUUUUAAAGCACCUGCUCACGGGGCCAGACAUCAAGCAGCUCUUCAAACUGUACGGAACCGAUGAGAAAAUGUUAGUGAAUAUUACGGAGGAUGGCAAGAAAUUGAUGGGCACUGCUGACUCUGUGUUCACCAAAGUUGUUGCUGACCUCCUAAGCGGAACAGUCUUAGUUCGACAACUGGAGCUGAUUGAGAAGCACAAGACUCAGUUUCUCAACAUCUGGGAAAUAAAGAAUGAGACCCUUCUGCCCCAGGAGAAACAACAUUAUGUGAGGGCUGUGCUGGACUGGAGAAUGAAAGAACUGCUAUUUCUAAAGAAAGAGAAAAGAUAUAUUGAUAAUCUCUUCAAGUUGUGUGAGAAGGUGAAACACCUGAUAAAAGUGGAUUUUGGAGAAACUGCACACAAACUUUGGGAAGACCUCGGCAGUAAGAGAUUAAAUGAAGCUGUGACGGUGAGACUGCCCACCUGCUCAGAAGUGAAGCUCACAACACACUACAACCUGAGCCCCCAGGUCCGGAAAAUGGCAGAAAAGGUAGACUUGCUGAGGGACAGCCACGUCUUCCAGAUGUUCUGGGAAGAAGCUGCAGAGUCGCUGAAGGGGUCUGAAGAGGAGUCAGAAGAACAAGUGGUCCACCUUGAAGAUGCAUAUGAUGAUUUGUAUUAUCCUUGUUACAAAAGGUUCACUAAACUGUAUGGGGAUCUGAAGUCAGGAGAGGUCACCUUUGCAGAAGUCGAUGCUGCCUUCAAAGACUUUGUCAAUAGAUACAGCGACCUGACUUUGGAACUCCAAGUCAUGUGCACUGUGGAUGGGAGCGACCAAAAACACUGGAUCCGGGAGCGUGUUGACCAGAUCAAGGAAUACCAUCACCUGCACCAGGCUGCUCACUCAACCAAGGUCAUCUUGAAGGUCAAAGAGAAUUUGGGCCUGAAGGGUGACUUCAGUGUUCUUCACACUCUAUUAAGCUUUACUGAAACCUUUGACCUCUUUCGCCAUGAGAAGCUGACCCAGAUCAGCCAGCAGCUUAUCCGUGCCAAGAAGCUACUCCAAGACAUCAGUGAGGCACGGCGCCAGUGUCUGGAGGAGUUGUGCCUGAGGAAGGAGUUCAUUAGUUGGGUUCGGGAAGCGCUUGAAGACAUCAAUGAGCUGAAGGUGUUUGUGGACCUGGCCUCCAUCUCUGCUGGAGAGAAUGACAUAGACGUGGACCGCGCGGCCUGCUUCCACGAUGCCGUGCAGGGCUACGCUUCUCUGCUGUACAAGCUGGACAGAACAGCAGGCUUUGAUGAGUUCAUGGACCAUCUGACAGAACUGUGGAAGGCUCUGGAAAAUGACCCGCACCUGCCCAAGAAACUGUGUGAUUCUGCCAGGAACCUGGAAUGGCUAAAAACAGUGAAGGAAAGCCAUGGGUCUGUGGAGCUCUCGUCCCUGUCCCUGGCAACAGCCAUCAACAACAAAGGCAUCUAUUUCAUUGAGGCACCCAGAGAUGGCCAAGUCUCUCCGGACUCGGUCCUACGCUUGGUCCUUCCUGAGAGUCACGGUGACAGUGGACAAAUACAAGAGUACUCUUUAGAAGAGCUGAGGGAGCUUCUGAACAAGCUGAUGUUGAUGUCUGGCAAGAAAGAGCAGAACAACGUUGAAGUGGAGGUGUUUUCUGAGGUAUUUUUCAAUGUGCAAAGGCUUGUCCAGUCCUUUAUAAACCUUUACUCUGCUGGGAACAUGCUGUUCAGGACUUGGACUGCAGAGGUGUACUGCUCCCCAAGGAGGGACAUUUCCAUCCGCAUGGACUUCAACUUGGAGCUGGUGGGCCAGCUCACGGGAAGUGGGGAGGUGGCCGGGCUGCUGGAAGCUCUCUGCAGGCAGAUGGAGCACUUCCUGGACCACUGGAAGAAAUUUGUGGCUGAGAAGCGAGCUGAGCACUUCUACCUCAACUUUUACACAUCUGAGCAGCUGGUCUACCUGAGCACAGAGCUCAAGAAGCCAAGCCCCAGUGAGGCAGCCCUGAUGAUGCUGUCCUUCAUCAAAGGCAACUGCACUCUGAGUGAUGUCUCCGAGGCCUUCAGCAGGACUGAUGGAGCAGCCAGCAGACACCAUGUGAACACAGUGAUGGCAGAGUUAUCACUGAUGUUAUUCUCUGAGUUCAGCCUGAUGGACAAGCUGAGGGUCAUCAUGGAACAGUCGAUGGAGUGCAUGAGCACCUUCCUGCCUCGGUGCUUGGACCUGGAUGCCCUUGGCCACUGUCUGGCUUACCUGUCCACAAUGAGCGGGUCCCCUGUGGAGCGGCAUCUGCCCAGAGGUCUGCAGGUCGGCCAGCCCAACCUGGUAGUCUGUAGCCACUCAGAGGUGCUGCUGGCCGCCCUGGCCAUCUACAUGCAGGCCCCAAGCCAGCCCCUCCCCACCUAUGACGAAGUGCUGCUCUGUACCCCUGGAACCACGUUUGAGGAGGUAGCGCUGUUCCUGCGCCGCUGCCUCACCCUGGGCUCCCAGGAGCACAAGGUCUACAGCCUGCUGUACGCAGACCAGCUGAGCUAUGAGGUGGGCUGUCAGGUGGAGGCACUCUUCCAGAGCCUGUGCCUGCAGCGCCACCGUGAGGACUACAAACUCGUCCUGGUCUGCGACUGUGACCGAGAGCACUGCUACCUCCCCUCGGCCUUCAGCCAGUACAAAGUCCUCGUCACCCCACAGGCAUCACUUGAGAGCAUCCAGACCUACCUGGUGAGACACUUCCGGGUCCCACUGCAGACGCCGUCAGCAGCUGUUGUGUUCAAGGACCGGGUGUGUGUUAGGGUCGUGGCGUCACAGAGAGCUGGUGUUGGAAAAUCUCUCUAUGUGAAGAGACUGCAUAGCAAAUUAAAGAUGUUCACUGGGACAAAAGUGCCUCUCAAGGUCAUCCGACUGAUGGACCCCCAGGUGGAUGAAAGCCAGGUCCUGGGCACCCUCCUGCCUUUCCUGGAUGCAGAGCACCAGACAUGCCCCAUGAUUUUCCACUUCGACGUGACCUCCUCAGUACAGUCUGGAAUUUGGGGACUUCUUUUCAAACUCCUAGUUUUACGAUACUUAAUGGAUGUAAACGGGAAAAUGUGGCUUCGGAAUCAGUGCCAUUUAUAUAUCAUUGAAAUCCUGGAAGGGAAUUCAGUACUGCCAAAGAGGUCUUCAAAACUGGGUACGUGUGCCCCACAAUACAGUUUUCUGGACAUCUUCACUAAAGUCACAUGCAGGCCUCCCAAAGAAGUGAUAGACAUGGGGCUGAACCCUGAAUCAAGCCACAGAGAACCAGGAAUGGAUGAGACAGAGUUCUGCAGUGAAACAUUCCAAAGACCCUACCAAUAUUUAAAACGAUUCCAUCAAAAACAAAACCUAGACACGUUUCAGUACAUAGAAGGAUUUAUCGAAGGCACACCGGAGGAAUGCCUCCAGUAUUUCUUGUUUUACUGUGGAGUUAUAAAUCCAUCCUGGUCAGAGCUCCGAAACUUUGCUCAGUUCCUGAAUUAUCAGCUCAAAGAUUGUGAGGCCUCUGUUUUCUGUAAUCCUAAUUUUACUAGAGACACACUGAGGGGCUUCAAGAACUUUGUGGUUACCUUCAUGAUCUUUAUGGCAAGAGAUUUUGCCACACCAACUCUGAACACCUCAGACCAAAGCCCUGGGAAGCAUACAGUUACCAUGGAUGGGGUCCAGGAAGAAGAUCUAGCUCCUUUCACUCUGAGGAAGAGGUGGGAGUCAGAGCCCCAUCCAUAUGUUUUCUUCAAUGGUGACCACAUAUCCAUGACAUUCAUUGGCUUCCAUUUCCAGCCCAACCAGAAUAAUGGUGUUGAUGCCAUCAAUCACUUGAAUGGGAAGGUAAUCAAGAAAGAUGUCAUGACGAUGGGACUUUACAGGGGGCUGUUGCUUCAGAGGGUGCCCUUCAAUGUUGACUUUGAUCAACUGCCCAGACAUAAGAAACUUGAAAAACUCUGCAUGGCAUUAGGAAUCCAGUGGGCCAUUGACCCUGAUGAAACCUAUGAGCUCACAACAGACAAUAUGCUGAAGAUCCUUGCCAUUGAGAUGCGGUUCCGGUGUGGGAUCCCCGUUGUCAUCAUGGGAGAAACUGGCUGUGGGAAAACCAGGCUCAUUAAAUUCCUUAGCGACCUGCGGCGUGGGGGUGUUGAUGCUGAAACUAUGAAAUUGGUCAAGGUCCACGGAGGAACAACUGUAGACAUGAUCUACUCCAAAGUCAGGGAGGCUGAAGACAUUGCUAUCUUCAAUAAGAGCCAUCAUCAGCUUGACACCAUCUUGUUCUUUGAUGAAGCCAACACAACAGAAGCCAUCAGCUGUAUCAAAGAAGUUCUAUGUGAUCACACAGUGAAUGGCGUGCCCCUGGUUGAGAACUCUGGUUUGCACAUCAUUGCAGCCUGCAACCCUUACCGGAAGCACUCCCAGGAGAUGAUCUGCCGUUUGGAGUCAGCUGGGUUAGGGUACAGAGUUAGAGCCGAGGAGACAACAGAGAAGCUUGGCUCCAUUCCUCUCAGGCAGUUGGUUUACCGAGUCCACGCUCUUCCUCCAAGCAUGAUUCCUUUGGUGUGGGACUUUGGACAACUGAAUGAUGUUGCCGAAAAGCUCUAUAUUCAGCAAAUUGUCCAGAGACAAGUUGACUCCAUCGAGAUAGAGCAAAACGAGGCUUGUCUGAUCACAGAAGUGCUUUCUGCCUCUCAGGGUUUCAUGAGGGAGAGAGAAGAUGAGUGCAGUUUUGUCAGCCUUCGGGAUGUGGAACGCUGUGUGAAAGUUUUCAAAUGGUUCUAUGACCACAGCGAAAUGCUCUUGUCAAAGGUAGAAUCCUUCUUCUGUAAGUCAAGUGUCAUAAAACAUAAAUUUAAGAGAAAUCCUGUUCUCUGGUCUCUGGUGCAGGCCAUUGGGGUAUGUUACCACGCCUCUUUGGAAAAGAAAGAAUCAUAUCGGAAAGCCAUUUGCAGAUUUUUUCCAAAACCAUAUAAUGACAGCAAGGUUAUCCUGGAUGAACUAACUCAAACACAGGAUCUCUUCCUGAAUGGUGUACCUCUGAGAAAAACCAUUGCCAAGAACUUGGCUUUGAAGGAGAACUUCUUCAUGAUGGUGGUCUGCAUUGAGCUUAAGAUUCCUCUCUUCCUAGUUGGGAAGCCUGGCAGUUCCAAAUCUCUUGCCAAGACCAUUGUGGCCGAUGCCAUGCAAGGCCAGGCAGCUUACUCAGAUCUCUUCCAGAACCUGAAGCAGGUCCACCUGGUGUCAUUCCAGUGCAGCCCGCACUCCACCCCCCAGGGGAUCAUAGGCACCUUUAAGCAGUGUGCUCGCUUCCAGCAGGGCAAGGACCUGCAGCAGUACGUCUCCGUAGUGGUGUUAGAUGAGGUUGGACUGGCUGAAGACUCUCCCAAGAUGCCCCUGAAGGCUCUGCACCCACUGCUGGAAGAUGGCUGCAUUGAAGAUGAUCCUGCCCCCCAUAAAAAAGUUGGCUUCAUAGGCAUUUCCAACUGGGCCCUUGACCCUGCCAAGAUGAACCGGGGCAUUUUUGUAUCACGUGGCAGUCCCAACGAGGAACAGCUCAUAGAGAGUGCCAAGGGAAUUUGCCAUUCAGACACCCUCAUUCAAGAUAGAGUCCAAGGGUAUUUUGCAUCUUUUGCCAAAGCCUAUCAAACGGUAUGCAGGAACCAAGACAAGGAAUUCUUUGGGCUUCGUGACUACUAUAGCCUCAUCAAAAUGGUCUUUGCCAUGGCCAAAGCUUCCAGUAAAAAGCCUUCCCCACAAGACAUUGCACAGGCCAUCCUUCGGAACUUCAGUGGCAAAGACGACAUCAACACUUUUGAUAUUUUUACAGCCAAUAUACCCGAGGUAAAGUGCUCUGAAGAAGUGAGCACUAUCCAGCUGAUCCGGCAGAACAUUUACAGUGGUCAUCAAAAGGGGUCAGGUAGGCAGCUGGAAGAUGCUGAAUGCCGCUACUUACUUGUGCUGACCAAAAAUUAUGUGGCCCUGCAGAUCCUCCAGCAGACAUUCUUUAGUAAGGACCAGCAGCCAGAGAUUAUUUUUGGCUCCAGUUUUCCUAAGGACCAAGAAUACACCCAGGUCUGCAGAAAUAUCAACCGCGUGAAGAUCUGCAUGGAAACAGGCAAGAUGGUGGUCCUGCUCAAUCUGCAGAACCUCUAUGAGAGUCUCUACGAUGCACUCAACCAGUACUAUGUCUACCUGGGUGGUCAGAAGUAUGUGGACCUGGGCCUGGGGACCCAUCGUGUCAAGUGCAGGGUUCACCCAGACUUCCACUUGAUUGUCAUUGAAGAGAAAGAUAUUGUGUACAGAUAUUUUCCCAUCCCACUCAUCAACCGGCUAGAGAAGCACUAUCUGGAUAUCAACUCUGUCUUGGAGAAAUGGCAGAAGGAUAUUGUGGAAAAACUCAAGGAAUGGGUGGGGGAAUUCAUACAUGUGGAAGCAGAUCAGUUCCAAGCCAAACACAAAUACAGCCCGUCUGAUGUCUUCAUCGGCUACCACUCUGACACGUGUGCCUCCGUGGUGCUUCAGGUCAUAGAGAGGCAAGGCCACAGGGACUCAACUGAUGACCUCUACCAGACAGUGUUUGAGGAAGCAAAAUUGAUCCUGCUGGAUUGUGUCACCCCUGAUGCUAUGGUUCGGCUGAGUGCAUCCUCACUGGGGAGGUUUACAGCACAGUCACUGUCACAAGAAUACCAUUACAAGCAGCAGCAUAAUUCCUUUGCAGAUUUCCUUCAGGCUCACCUUAGCAUGAAGGAUCUGGAACACCAUAUCAUCUUUACAGAGAUCACCACUUUCUCCAGACUGCUCACCAGUCAAGACUGUUGGAUUUUAGAAUCCAAGGUGAAGGGCAGGGCUCCGAGGCCCACCAUCCUGUCCCUGCAGCAGUUUGACACGGAGUACUCAUUCCUCAAAGAAGUCCGAAAAUGCCUGACUAACACAGCCAGAUGUAAAAUCCUCAUUAUUCAGACAGACUUCGAAGACGGGGCUCAUGGCGCUCAGCUCGUUGCCUCAGCUAGGUACUCUGCUGUAAACGAGAUCAACAAGAUCCGGGCAGAUAAGGGCUGCAUCUCCGUCUACUUCAUCACAAAGUUGCCCCGAAUGGGAAGUGGAACGUCCUAUGUGGGAUUCCAUGGAGGGCUGUGGCAGUCUGUGCACAUUGAUGACCUCCACAGAUCCACCAUCAUGGUUUCUGAUGUGACCAAACUGCAGGACGUCUCCAUCAGCCAACUGUUCAAGCCACAGGACAAGCCUGAGGAGAACCACGAUGAAGAGGAGGAGAUGGAAGCAGAGAUGAGUGGGUCAGGGGAAACGGCGGAGGCAGAAAUGGAAACAGAAAGCUCUGAGGCCACGGAGAGUGAAGUCUCCGGGCUGGGAAGCAGUGAGAUGCUGGACACCACCAGACUCCUGAGAAGCUGUGUGCAGAGUGCUGUGGGGAUGCUGAGAGACCAGAACAAGAGCUUUACGUGCAACACCAGGAGAGUAGAGAUUCUCCUCAGCCUCUUCAGCAAAGACGAUGAGUUCACAGCUUCUUUCUUGAGGGUCUCCAAGGAGCGCCUCUAUUUUCUGUUGAAGAAGCAAGAAGAGAACAUGUACAAUCUGAAGGAGUGGGUACUACGGGAAGCGUCCAAUCAGGAAGCCCUCCAGGAGGCGGGCACGUUCAGGCAUACCCUUUGGAAGCGGGUCCAGACUGUGGUGACCCCUCUCCUGGCCAGUAUGAUAUCUUUCAUCGACAGAGAUGGCAACCUUGAGCUACUGAUCAAGCCAGAUUUUCCACCCUGGGCGAGAGAUCUCUGGAUGUUUAUUUUCAGUGAUGUUAAGCUUCUCGACAUCCCUCCUGUGAGGCAUGAUACAAGAUCUAAGAGUGAGAUGUUCUGCAUUGUGGUGCAGAAUGACAUGAAGCUUUCAGAGAAUGACGUCCCAUUUAGCUGGAGAAUCAAGGACUACCUAGAGGAGCUUUGGGUCCAGGCUCAGUACAUCACAGAUGCUAAAGGACUGCCAGAGAAGCUGGUGGAAAUCUUUCAGCAGACUCCUCUGGGCAGGUUUCUCACCCAACUCAGUGGAGAGCAGCAGCAAACACUUCUUUACUGGUACUUGAAGGACUUCCUUCUCUUGACCAUGAGUGUGUCUACCUGGGAUGAAUUAAAGUUUCUACGAAUGGCUCUGUGGUCUUGCAUCGACCAGCUGAAAGCAGCAUCAGGAAGGCCAGAGGAAAGGGUGUCCCUGCCAUGGGUGCACCUUGCCUAUCAGCACUUCAGGAGCCGGCUGCACAACUUCUCCAGGAUCCUGGCUGUUCAUCCCCAAGUUCUAGGCAGCCUGACGGAAAGAACACAGAACUGCAGCCUGCCUGAGUGUGAGAUGACCCUGGAUGCGCUUGCCGCCGUGGCCUGUGCUGAGAUGCUGACGAGAGACACCCUGCGGCCGAGCCCUCAGGCCUGGCUGCAGAUGGUGAAAAACCUGUCCACUCCACUGGAGUUCCUCUGUUCUGAAGGGCACAUGCGAGGCAGCGGAAACAAAACCACAGUGCUUGUCAGGGAGCUGAGGACCCAGUGGAGUCGGAUUUUUUCUGUUGCCCUCUUCGUGGAGCAUGUGCUCCUGGGGACGGAGAGUCAGAUCCCUGAGCUGCGGCCGCUGGUGACUGACUAUGCCAACUCCCUCAACAAGUGUCUGCAAGAUAACUCUGACAUCAAGACCCACAGGCCUUUUAUGGCUGUAGUGACUACUCUCUGUGAAUGUAAGGACCAGGCCAGCAAGACUUUCACCAGGUUUGGAGUUCAGCCGUGCCCCAUUUGCCAGGGAGAUGUACAGGAUCCUGUCUGCCUGCUCUGUGACCAUGUAUAUUGCCAAGGUUGCAUCAAAACCUGGCUCAUCCCAGGGCGGAUGAGAUGCCCCUUGUGUUUAGACGGCUUGCCAGACAACUUCUCCCUGACUGUUUCCCAAGUGCACAGGGAGGCCAUAGAGAAACACGCCCGAUUCCGGCAGAUGUGCAACAGUUUCUUCGUAGACUUGGUUUCCACCAUGUGUUUCAAAGAUAACACUCCACCUCAGAGGGAUGUCAUCAUGGCUCUGCUGUCUUUACUCUUUGUACAAAAGGAGCUCUUGAGAGAGGCCUCCCCAAGACACUGUGAACACACAAAAUCUCUCUCUCCAUUUGAUGAUGUAGUGGAUAAGACUCCUGUCAUCCGCUCAGUGGUACUGAAACUGCUUUUGAAGUACAGUUUCCAUGAAGUAAAAGAUUACAUUCAGGACUACUUGUCCAUGUUAGAAAAGAAACCAUUCCUCAGUGAAGAUAAAACUGAACUGUACAUGCUCUUCAUCAACUGCCUGGAGGACGCAAUGCGUGAGAAAAUUAGUGCUUGCUCCAAAAACGAGGAAUUGAACUACCUACGAGAGGAAGGUCAUUUCCUGAGGACUCACUGCCCACUGAAACUAGGCCCAGAGCCAGCUAAGGAGGUUUCCAUUGAAUACCUGCAGAAGAUGGCUCGGGUCCGCCUCUGUCUCGACAGGGCUUCGGACUUCCUCUUCGAGGGUCAUGCACACUCAGAGAUGGCUGAGGAAAAGCAGCGCUAUCUGCGCCAAGUUGAGCACUUCUGUACCCAAAGCAAGAACGAUUGGUUCCGUGUGUACUUGGUGAGGAAGCUGACCAGCCAACACACGAUGGAGUUUGUGCAGAGCCUCGCCAAACGGGGCCACCCGGCCCAGUGGGUGUUCCCCAAGGAAGUCAUUGCACGGCAGGAGGACUACCCAGGUCAGCUGGACCGAUUCCUGGUGUACGGCGAUGGAUACAAGGCUCUUCGUGAUGCAGUGGGCAAAGCCGUCCUUGAGUGCAAGCCCAAGGGCAUCACAGCCGCUCUGGAGGCCUGCAGGGACCAUAAAACUCAACAGGCAGUCCACUUACUGUUGGCACUUUUCCAAGAGGUCACUGUUUUGUACAGAUCCCCUAAUGCCAGCCUCCACCCUAAGCCAGAGCAAUGUGAGGCUGUGAACAGAUUCACUGAAGAAACCAAGACUCUUUCUCCUGAAGUCAGACAUUUCGCGACAUCCCUUGUGGCCAACACUCUUCCAUUGCUGAGAACAGAUCCCAGUGAUGGGGGCCUUGAAGCAACAGUGACAGAGAUGGCUGUUCAUGCUGCAGCUGUCCUUCUCUGUGGGGAGAACAACGUCUUGGAACCCCUGAGGAACUUGGCCUUCUCCCCAGGCAACAUGGCAAAUGCUUUUCUUCCAACCAUGCCUGAAGACUUGCUGGUUCAAGCUAGGAGUUGGAAGAGUCUGGGUAGAGUGCAAUGGUACACAUGUCCCAAUGGCCAUCCGUGCUCUGUAGGAGAGUGCGGCAUGCCAAUGGAACAGAGCCUUUGUCCUGACUGUCACGCUCCAGUUGGAGGUGUUAAUCACAGACCAAAUGCUGGCUUUCAUCGUAUUGAAAAUAACACAGAUAGAACUCAGACUGGCCACGUGCUGGGAAACCCCGUUGCCAGAGGUGUGAUGGUGGUAUCUGAUCGACCGCUGUCCCCCGUUGUCUUCAUUCUCAUCCGGUUACUCACUCAUUUGGCUAUGUUUUUGGGAGCUGCUGCAAGUCUCCAGGCUCUGAGAAACAUCAUUAAGCCUCCAGUGGAGGAUCCAAAAACAUUUCUCCAACAGCACAUCCAGAGAGACUUACAGCAGUUAACAAGGACACUGGGCAAGAGUGCCGACGAGACCACCAACGUGGUGCACCUGAUCCUACGCAGCCUCCUCAGAGCACAUGAUUCCCACUCUGACGAGAGGCUUUUCAAUUUUGAUGCAAGAUUGUCAACCAAAGAGGCGAGAAACAACUGGGAAAAAGUUGUCCAAACGAUUAUUUUAUCUGAACUGGAGCAUCUAGAUAAAACACUCCUGACCAUCAACACUCUAAUCAGCCAAGACGAACGUAUCAGCUCCAACCUUGUGGCCAAAAUCAUCUAUGGUGACCCGGCAACCUUCCUGUGCCACCUGCCCCGGAAGAGUGCGGUUCAUUGCUCUAAGAUUUGGAGCUGCAGUAAAAGAAUCACAGUUGAGCACCUCCAGCACGUGGUGGAGCAGAAAAAUGGCAGAGAAACAGUGCCCAUCCUCUGGCAGUUCCUACAGAUGGAAGCAGAACUGAGACUGGUGAAAUUCUUGCCUGAGAUUUUGGCCCUGCAAAGGACCCUUGUGAAGCGAUUCCAGAAUGUUUCAGAGGUUGAAUUCCCAUCCCUCAGGAGUUUUAUUGACAGUCACAAUUCAGAUGGGUUGAAGCAGUUGUUUGGCAACAGAAUCACUCUCUUUCUAUCAACGUGGAACAAGCUGAGGAGAUCACUUGAGACCAAUGGUGAAAUCAAGCUUCCAAAGGACUACUGCAGCACUGACCUAGAUCUGGACACUGACUUUGAGGUCAUCCUGCCACGUCGCCGGGGUCGGGGCCUCUGUUCCACAGCCUUAGUCAGCUACUUGAUUAAGCUCCACAGUGAAAUGGUCUACACAGUGGAAAAAUUCUCCCAGAAAAACUACAGCUACUCUAUUGAUGCCUCCGAGGUCACUGACCUGCAUGUCAUCAGUUACGAAGCAGAGCAGGACUUGAUGCCCCUGAUUCUCUCCAACUGCCAGUACAAAGUAGAGCAAGGCGGAGAAGCCCUGCAGGAGUUUGACCUGGAGAAGAUCCAGCGGCAGAUCACCAGCCGAUUUCUCCAGGGCAAGCCCAGGCUUACUCUGAAGGGAAUACCCACUCUGGUAUACAGACACGACUGGAACUACGAACGUCUCUUUACAGACAUCAAGAACAAGAUGUCACAGAAUGCCCUCCCCCAAGCGACCCUCAGCGCCCUCGGUGGACAGCUGCAGUCCUUCAGUGACACCUGUGAAGCUCUGUCAGUCAUAGAAGUGACCUUGGGCUUUCUGAGCACAGCCGGUGGUGACCCAAACAUGCCCCUGAAUGUGUAUAUCCGAGACACCCUGCGAAUGGAUGACCAGACAAGUCCUGUUUUAAAGGCCUCAAACAGAUGUCAGUUAAAGCACAUCAUUGCCCUGUGGCGGUUCCUGUCUGCGCAUAAGUGCGAACAGCUGCUGCGACUGAGAAAAGAUCCGUUUAGGGAAAUCAGUUCCAAGUACAAAGUGGAUCUCCGCCCAGAAGAUGCGAAACUCCUCAGCACUUUCCUGAAUCAGACUGACCUGGAGACCUUCUUGCUGGAGCUGCACGAAAUGAUGAUCCUGAAGCUGAAGAACCCCCGUGAGGAGGCGAAUUUCAACCCCGCCUGGAGCCUGAGAGACACUCUGGUAAGUUACAUGGAAACUAAAGACGGUGACAUUCCUCCCGAACUAGAAUCUCAGUUCCCAGAAGAGAUCCUGCUGUCCAGUUGCGUCCCUGUGUGGAACAUGGCAGCAGAGCUGAAACAGCGCCGACACACGAGAUAGAAGCAGCUCCUCAGCACUGCCUUUGGAUGAGACUUGGGGCGAGAAGGCCCUUCUCCCUCGCCCCUGGAAUGGAUUCCACCACAGACUGUUAGCUGCCUUUGUGUGUGCUUGGAAGGAAAGCUCUCACCAUCACAUAAAUUCGAGACCAAGGUGUGCUGUGUGAGCUCACAGCCUUUUGAGAGCCAAGCUGUUUCAGGAACAUGUGUAUACUCCACAACUGUCUCAUCAUGUCAUAAAUACUAUUCUCUGGGCGGUGAGGACUGCAGAUUACACGGCCUUGGAAACAAACCACCAUCCUUACAUUCCAGGGGAAACCAGAAAAAGUAGCUUCUCAGCUUAACACAGCAUAAUGGCCCUGUUGGUCUCUGAACUGGCACAUACCCAGCCACCAGGUUCCUCCUCCCUCAUACUACUGCAUAGUCAGAGGGAGGAAAAAACUGAGUGGUUCAUUUUCUGCUUUUAUUUUUGUCUCAUUUAUUCUGCACUCACAGAAGACAAUCUGGCUUCCUUCUUUCCCCUAGAUUCUGAGCAUUGUACAGAUAUUUCUGGGUUUGAACGAGAUGUGAAAAAUUGCCAGACUCUUUUUUUGUCUUCUCCAAAGACAAGAAAAGUCGGGGCGUUUUGUGAGUGCCUUAAGCCAAACCAGCAAAAUCUCAUCCAGACCCUACAAGUAGCUUUUAUUGUGAGGAGCACUGGACAAAGAGUCAGGGACACUCUGGGCCUUGGUCUCCUUAUCUAUAAAAUAAGGGACUGGAUUGAUGGCCAAAAUUCCUUCCAAUUCUAAUAUUUUGAAAUUCUAAAUGAAAGUUUAUUAAAAUGUAACUUAGGUCAAAGGGAUGGUUCUGGCACAUCUGUGGGUAAUUUUUGAUUGUCUAGCAUUAUGCCAAAUAAACAUGCAGACUUCACGUGGUCUGUAUUUCCCUGCGUACACAAAUAUCUGGUCCUUUCUUUCAGUCUCAGCCAAGAUACAACUG